CGUGACAAACCCAAGCAAGCAAGCGCUCUCUCUCUCGCUCCCCAAGCUCAUUGAUCCAACAGAUCCUUUCAAUGGUCUGACUUCUGGAAAAAGUGAGAGUUCAUCGGUUUCGGCUGAAAUCUCCGAAGCGGGAAAAAAUUUCGUCAUCUUCAAUCAAUCCUAGUAAUUUGCUCCGGAUAAAUAGAAAAAGAGGAAAAUGGAGUUAUCCUCCGUUUUUGCCCAUCCAUUUCCCACCGCCCAUUUUUCUUAUUCGCCCAUAACCUCUUCUCUCUCUCGCUCCCCACCAUUACCCACUACUACUCCUAAGUCAAUUAACAACUCACCAUCCACUUCUUCCGCUGCUGCUACUACUAUUCACAGUGAACCCUUUAAAAGCAGACCCAGAAAUGUUUAUUACAGAUCCCAAAGACCCAUUUCAAUUUCCCACAAUGCGAGGCAAUCUGCUAUUCUCGACAUGCAGAACUCUGAAGAUUUGGACUCGGCACUUUCGAGGUCCGGUGGAAUAUUGAGGGCGCAAGACCUAAAUAUCAUCUUGCGUCAUUAUGGAAACCUAAAUAGGUGGCAGGAACUUUCUCAGCUCUUUGAGUGGAUGCAAGACAAUGGUAGGAUCAACUCUUCAUCUUAUAGUAGUUAUAUAAAGUUCAUGGGGAAGGGCCGUAAUCAUGCAAAGGCAUUGGAGGUUUUUAAUGGCAUAAAAGAUGAGGCAAUGAAGAAUAAUGUCUCCAUCUGUAAUUCUGUUCUUGGAUGCCUAGUUUGGGGUGGCAAAUUUGAGAGUAGCAUCAGAUUGUUUUAUCAAAUGAAGCAAGAUGGUCUCAUACCAGAUGUUUUCACAUAUAGUACGCUUCUUGCAGGCUGCGCCAAAGUGAAAAAUAGCUACUCAAAGGCGAUAGAGCUGGUGCAGGAGCUGAAAUCUAGUGGCCUGCAAAUGGAUAGUGUAAUCUAUGGGACACUUAUAGCUGUUUGUGCUUCCAGUAAUGAAUGUGAUGAAGCUGAGAACUACUUUUACCAGAUGAAGGAUGAAGGCUAUUCCCCUAAUCUUUACCAUUACAGCUCUUUGCUCAAUGCUUACUCGGUAGAUGGAAAUUUUAAGAAGGCUGACAUGUUGGUUCAAGAUAUGAAAUCUGCAGGGUUGGUACCAAAUAAGGUUAUUUUGACAACUUUGUUAAAGGUAUAUGUUAGAGGUGGUUUGUUUGAAAAGUCAAGAGAAUUGUUAACUGAGUUGGAAGCUUUGGGAUAUGCUGAAGACGAGAUGCCGUACUGCUUGUUGAUGGAUGGCCUUGUGAAGGCUGGACAGAUACUUGAAGCGAAAUCAGUUUUCGAGGAAAUGAAGAACAAAGAUGUGAGAUCUGAUGGCUACUCCCACAGUAUUAUGAUAUCUGCCCUUUGCAGAAGUGAGCUAUUUGAAGAGGCAAAUCAAUUGGCUCAUGAUUUUGAAGCCACGUACAAUAAAUAUGACUUGGUUAUUAUGAAUACAAUGCUCUGCGCCUACUGCAGAGCCGGAGAAAUGGAGAGUGUUAUGAAACUGAUGAGGAAGAUGGACGAAUUAGCAAUCAGUCCUGAUCAAAAUACCUUUCAUAUUCUAAUCAAAUAUUUUUGCAAGGAGAAAUUGUUUCUUCUUGCUUAUCGUACUGUGGAGGACAUGCACAAGAAGGGCCACCAAGUAGCGGAGGAACAUUGCUCCUUGUUAAUUUUCCAUCUUGGUAUAACGGGUGCCCUGUCAGAAGCAUUUUCCGUGUACAAUAUGUUGAGAUAUAGCAAAAGAACUGUGUCCAAGGCCCUUCAUGAAAAGAUUCUGAAUAUCCUUAUAGGGGGACGACUACUUGAAGAAGCAUAUGUCGUAGUCAAGGAUAAUGGAAAGUUGAUUUCUGAGCCUGCUAAAAAGGAGUUCGCAACUUCAUUUCUGAAGUGGGGUAAUAUAAACUUGCUGAAUGAUGUUAUAAGAGCCAUCCACGAGUCCGGCUACAAGAUUGAUCAGCUUCAUAUUGCAAAUAAGACACCCAUCAUUGGGAGGGUGAGCUUAUUGACAUCACUGGCCGCCAACCUUGUGCCUUCACAUUACUCCACACCUGAUCAGGGCUGUCUAGCAUUGAGAAAACAAUGGUGUUUGGAUUUGUUCACAGUGAUUUCUGAACAUGGUGGUUGGAGAUGGGAGGAUGCCAAGGGACUGUUUCAUGUGGCCAUAACACGCUAUAUUGCGGAACCUGAAAAGAAGGAUCUGCUUCUCCAGUUACUACAAUGGAUGCCAGGUCAAGGCUACGUGGUUGAUUCAUCAACAAGAAACUUAAUACUCAAGAACUCGGACUUAUUUGGUCGCCAACUCAUUGCUGAGAUAUUGGCCAAGCAGCAUACAGUGUCAAAAGCAUUAAUACCCCCUCAGAAUGAAAAAAUAAAUUGGAGAUUGGAGACAUUUUUAGGUGGUGUUGAUCGGUAAUAGACUGCCUUCUGCUGUUGUGGCAUUGCUAUGCAUGACUGAGAUCAGUUGUGGAGUUAACUAUGAACUAGUUAUGUGCACUAAGAAAUUAGUUAAUCAGACGGCUGCAAUAGAGUCCUCGCACAAAGUAAUGGUUCCGAAGGCACCACCAUUCAGCAAGAGGUACUUGCGAGCGCCAAAGUGGCAUCUUGCUUUCAGGUAGUCAUGAAAUGUUUCCCGGGAACAGUGAAGAGUAUUGUUACCUUUGUCUGUUCUGUUCUUGAAACGAGUUACCUAGGAUGAAGUCUGCGUGACUUGAGGGACUUGGGAGUCUAAAUGUGUAGGUUUUUUGUUUGAUCCUGAAAGUUAGUUGAGUGGAAAUUAUAGAAGCUCUCCCAUCCAUUCAUUUUGUGAAGAGUUAUUACAAGCGCAAAAAAUACUGGGGCAUUGACCGCCGCUUGACAGAUUCAACCUGGGAUUGGACUCCUGUUAUUGCAGUUUCUUUGUUCUUUUUGUGAUU